CCGAGACGUGCCAUUCCUUCCCAAUCCGCCCAACGGUGCUGCAUUUACCGGCGUAGUCUCUUGAUCCUCUUCCUCUACCACACGCCUCCCGCGCCGUAAGGGAUCCAUUGCGCGAUCGAUAGCUUAUCCCCCUCAACCUAGCAUCAGCGGCAAGGGUCGUCACGCGAGUCGGCAUGACGAGGUGACCCUGCCAUAGUGGUUCGAUAGUCAGUCGCUGCUUUCAGUCGUAGUCUCCCCUAACAGCAAACCACGUCUAUUUGCAAUGGCACCACCUCGCUUAUACAUCGAUGGUCAACGCCUCCGUGACAAGGAAGACCAUCGCGAGUUCUACGCCAGCGGUAUUAAUGUCAGCGGCGACAGUAAACUGCCUGCCCAUCCGCCCAUAUCCUCCCACGUUAAGGAACAGUUCUUCGACGGUGACAGCGUCUCCUUCGUCGACCGGCCUUUCAGCGUUGCCGAAGCACAUACCCACUUCUCCCGGUUGAAACGAUGGGGCUACAAUACCAUCCGCUACAUCUUCACAUGGGAAGCGCUCGAGCAUGAAGGGCCAGGAAGGUACGAUGAGGAUUUCAUUCAGCACACCGUCAAGAUCUUGCGAAUAGCUGGGCAGUAUGGCUUCCAUGUCUACAUGGACCCGCAUCAAGACGUGUGGUCACGGUAUACAGGAGGCUCGGGCGCGCCGAUGUGGACAAUAUACGCAUGCGGUUUCGAUCCAACCAAGUUUGCGACCACUCAAGCUGCGCUUGUGCAGAACACAUGGCCGGUUCUUGCCGAGUUCCCAAAGAUGGCUUGGGCGACUAAUUACCAACGCUUAGCGUGCCAAACCAUCUUCACCUUCUUCUUUGCUGGGCGGGAGUUCGCACCCAAGUGCAUCAUCGACGGCAAGAAUAUCCAAGAUUAUCUGCAAGAUCACUUUAUUGCAGCGUGCAGACAUUUGGCAAAGCGGAUAACAGAAGCUGGAGAUCUGGAAGGCGACGUCGUGCUUGGGUUCGAAACUGUCAAUGAGCCCAACAAGGGCUUCAUUGGCCACCCGGAUUUGUCGAAGCUACCCGAAGACCAGAAGCUGCGAAAGUAUACGACUCCAACGGCAUGGCAAGCGAUGCUUUCUGGCUCUGGCAGAGCAGUCGAGGUGGAUACCUACGACUUUGGCAGCUUCGGGCCUUACAAGAGCGGCACUCAGAAGAUCGAGCCCAACGGUACAUCCGCAUGGUUAGACCCAGGCACGUGGGAUGACAGCAAGUACGGCUGGAAGCGGGCAGAGAGCUGGCGACUUGGUGAAGAUGUCUGGGCACAGCAUGGCGUCUGGAAUCCUGCGAAAGACGAGAUAUUACUGCCACAUUACUUUGCGAAACACCCUAAAACCGGUGCGAUUAUGAACCAAGAUCACUUCACGAAUAACGAGUUUAUGGACUACUACCGCAAGCAUCGCGAUGUAAUCCGCAGCGUCUGGCCGGAAACCAUUAUGCUAAUCCAACCCUCUCCAUUUGAGGUUCCACCAAUAAUCAAAGGCACCGCAGACGACGAGACGAACAUGAUCUUCGCAUCCCACUUCUACGACGGCAUUACGCUAAUCACGAAGAAGUGGAACAAGCUGUGGAACGUCGACGUGCUAGGCCUACUCCGUGGCAAGUACUCCAGCCCAGCAUUUGCGAUCAAAGUGGGUGAGACCGCCAUUCGAAACUGCUUCAAAGACCAGCUCAGCACCGUACGGCAAGAAGGUAUCAACAAUAUGGGCGAACACCCUUGCCUCUUCACAGAGAUCGGUAUACCUUACGAUAUGGAUGCCCAACACGCUUAUAUGACCGGUGACUACAGUUCGCAAGCCGCGGCUAUCGACGCGAACCACUACGCUGUAGAGGGUAGCCAGGCGGCUGGCUUCACAUGGUGGGUGUACACCGUCAGCAACAACCAUUUCUGGGGCGACAACUGGAAUGGCGAGGACCUGAGCAUCUACUCGUCCGAGGACCGGCAACUUCCGCCUUCUUCUUACGAGGAGAAUGCGAGCAAGCUGUCGCUGGACCCGAGUAGUCCGAGUUACUCAGAGUCUCAAAGCGAAGCGAACGAGCUUGUGACGCCGGGGAGUCUGAAGAAGACGCUUUCCGUGGGCGAGAUGGACUCCUCCGUGCGUUCGAUCUCCGCGAGUGAAACGCCGGGUUUCCGCGCCGCAGAAGCGUACGUUCGGCCACAUCCCGAACUCGUACACGGCUCCAUCCUGUCCCACGGCUUCGACCUCAAAAGCUGUACCUUCAGUCUCACACUGAACUCAACCACCCCAACACCCCAAGAUUAUCCCACCGUAGUGUUCUUGCCCGAGUUCCAUUUCCCGCAACAACGGUCCGGAGCGUCGGCUGAGCAAAGAACGACUGUAGAAGUGAGCGGCGGCAAGUGGGAGAUCAGGAUCGAGGAAAUAAUGGAGGAUGCUCCGCAGCAGAUUCUGAAAUGGUGGCACGGUGAAGGUGAGCAGAAGAUUGUGGUGAAAGGCGUGAAGAGGAAACGGGGCACUCUGCAGCCCAGGGAGGAAGAGGAGGGGUAUAUGGAUGCUUAUUGGCAGAUGGGGAGGAAUUGUAGGGUUAUGUGAUGUGAUGAGCCAAGUGACGGAGGUGAUUCCCAGUGCAGCGUGCUCCACGCGGAGACCUGGGUCGCAGCUUUAGGUCCAGCAUCCACCGUACAGCUGGCGUUGCAUUGCCGCACGGGUGCCCUGGCGAAUGCGCGUCAACAACGAUAAUUCGGGUCAAGCAGCGCCCUUGCGAAAUAGCAUCUUCAAUAAGCGCAUCUUUAGAUUGUGAGGGUAUAUGAUCUCAGGUUCGAGGCCGCAACCACCCGUAAUGCUGCCAUUACCAUUGCGUCUACCACAGACGCGCAGAAAGAAGCCAAGAUGAAAGAUGGUGGUAAGGGUGCUUGCUGAAUGCGUGCAGCAAAAAAAUGGGAUUACAAGUGGUCCAUUCCCUACGCGUGAAUAUGC